AUGUCCUGCUUCGGGCGGAAGCGCCGCCGCGACGUCCUCCGCCGCGAAGCCUGCAUCUACCGGCUCGAAAGCAAGCCCAGACGGCAGCUGUGCUGGCUCCAACGGCUAUACGUGUCCUUCGGGGCAGUGUUGACCACCUUCUCAAGUUCGAGGAAUGGAUAUUGCGGCACCACGAGCGACUUCUGCGGCUUUGGCUGCCAGUCUUCCUUCUCGCCUGGAACCUGCACGGCCUGCCCUGGAUCGGCCUGCGCCGGUACGGUGAGCAGCAACCCGACGUGCUCCGCGAACAACGGCUUCUGCUGGACGCUCAACUCCAAAAAGUUCCAAAUCGUCUGUGACAGGCUAGCAACGGGAGACAAUCUGAGCUACGUGGAUGCCACCAGCCUCGGCGACUGCAUUUCCAAGUGUGGCUCUACCGCGGGCUGUGUUGCCGCUUCCUUUUACCAGGGCGCGAGCACAACCUGCACUUUGCUCAGCGCCUACCGAGGGUCUGCUGAUGCCAACUCGGCUGGCGGCUCCAAGAACCAUGCCUACGUCCGUAGCCCCAGCUGUGGAUAG